AUGGAGCCAUCAGCCCGCGAGGGCUCCCCAGGGAGCAGAAACUUCAUUGAGGAAGCCGCUGAGUACCUCCAGCACACGCCGCCGGGGAGGGAAGAUCUGAAGCUGCUGCUGACGGAAGAUGGCGCCUGGGAGAACUUCGUGGCUGAGGCCCAGUUGUCCAGAGCGGAUGCCGAUACGUUGCGCGACGCUCUCAAUGCCCUCACAGAAAACAUGGCGGAGGAAGACCAAGGGAGGCUCCGGCGAGACCUGCAGGAUGUGGAGAGGUUUGUGGCUAAGUUCCCUCAGGUGAAGCUGGAGCUGGAGGAGCAGGUCAGGAAGCUGCGCGCCCUUGCAGACAAGAUUGACAAGGUGCACAGGGACUGCACCAUCUCCAAGGUGGUGGCCGGCUCCACCAGCACUGUGUCCGGAGUCCUGACCCUCCUUGGCCUCGCUCUGGUACCUGUGACAGCUGGGGCCAGUCUGGGGCUCUUGGCGAUGGGGAUGGGCCUGGGAGCAGCAGCGGCUGUGACGAGUGUCUCCACUGGUAUCGUGGACUACACAAAUGAGUCGUCGGCCAGAACGAGAGCCCGCCACCUGGUGUCAACCAGCAUGGACAGAGUGAAGCUGGUUGCUGAGGCCGUGGUCCAUUCAGGGCCCCAAGUCUACCAGUUGUCUGAGAAUUGCUACCGAGUCCUGCGAUGCCUUCAACAGAGCAUCUACGCCAUCAAGCUCGCCAAAGCCAACCCUGCCUUAGCAGCCAGUGCUAAGCGCCUCUUGACCAUGGGGCGCAUCUCUGCCCAAAGCAGAGAGCAGGUGAAGAAAGCCUUUAGGGGCACUGCUCUGGCAAUGAGCAGAAGAGCCUGGGUCAUGAAUAUAGCCACCACAGGUGUGUCCCUCACUGAGGAUGUGAUCAGCCUUGUGAAAGAAUCCAAGCGAUUGCACGAGGGGGCAAAAGUGGAGUCGGCUGAGGAGUUGAGGCAGCAGGCUCAGAAGCUGGAGGAGAAAUUGGAGGUGCUCGUCCAGAUCCAUGAUAGUUUGCAGUCAGGCUCAAAUCAGUAA